AUGGCCUCCUACCUGAUCACGGGAGCCUCGCGAGGUAUUGGCCUUGCCAUAGCCGACCUCCUUGCCUCCAGGCCCGCAUCGGAGGUGUCUACUGUCUUCGCUGCGUUCCGCACAGAGACCGAUGAGCUUAAGCAGCUGGUCUCCAAAUCUGCUGGUCGGGUGCAACAGGUGAAGAUCGAUGUGACCGACGAAGCCAGCACCAAGCAGGCUGCUGCCGAGGUUGAGAAGCAGCUUGACGGCAAGGGUCUUGAUGUGCUGGUGAACGGAGCUGGAGUUAUGAACUUCACCCCUGAUGGCAUUGAAAAUAUGACGGACCUCGAGUCGACAUUCACAACUAAUGUCACCAGUGCACACCUAGUCACUGCUGCUUUCCUGCCGCUGCUCAAGAAGGGUAACCUAAAGAAGGUCGCCAACAUCUCCACGACACUGGGCUCUAUCGAGUGGUCCCCUCGCUACGCCCUGUUCCCCGUCCCUGCAUACAAGAUCUCCAAGGCCGCUCUGAACAUGUUGACCGUGCAAUACGCCCAGUCCUUCGCGGAGCAAGGUUUCACGUUCCUCAUUAUCUCCCCUGGUUGGGUCCGCACCAACCUCGGUGGCGACACGGCCGAUCUUUCGGUUGAGCAGAGCUCGACGGGUGUCAUGGAGGUCAUUGACAACGCAACUUCCGCAGACAACGGGAAAUUCUACAACAUCAAGGUGCCCGGAUGGGAGAAUGCGGAGGGACUUAACCGCUACGACGGUCUCCAGGCCCCUUGGUAA